UGCGCUGUUCUGCACAUGCUGUGGGCCUCAGGCGCUAGUUUGACUCUGUGAAAGGCGCCUCUUAAUUUCCCAAAAUAUAAGUACAGCGUGGAAGGCACGAUGAAAUGGGCAUCUCACUCCUUUGAAGAUCCAGCUCUACCACGCUCUCUAGCAACCCCACAGUCAUUCCUUUGAUCAACUGAUCAGUCAUUCAUUCAGUCAUUAUGCUUACCACCACCUUCAUUAUGGCCCUUGCUGGCCUCUCCACCAUGAUCGAGGCAUCUCCUCUCCAGGCACGCGGCGGUAGCAAGCGCGGUCUUGCCUUCCCCAAACAGCACAACGGUGUUGCUGGAUCUCAGUGGACACACAAGUUCUCUGGUUCCAAGGUCUCUUGGAUGUACGACUGGGAGGCAGUCAUCGAUGGAACCCCCCUCGACCUCGAAUACGUUCCUCUUCUUCACUCCAACCAACAGUGGUGCACUGAGGGUUGGGCCAACAACAUUGCCAACGCCAAGAAGAACUACAAGGUUUCGCACGUGCUGAGCUUCAACGAACCCGACCAAGCUGGUGGUGGAGGUUCCAACAUCGAUGUUGCUACUGCUGUCGCCACCCACAAGAAGUUCGUUCAGCCGCUCGCCGCACAGGGCCUUAGGAUCGGCUCUCCUUCAGUCACCAACGCCGACGAGCCCAACAAGGGCAUCAACUACCUCAAGAACUUCAUGAACCAAUGCACCGGAUGCCAGAUCGACUUUGUCGUUGCCCACUACUACGCCUGGGACAACGCUCAGGAUUUCAAGAACUACCUCGAAAAGUUUCACAAGACCUUCAACAAGCCCGUCUGGGUCACCGAGUUCGGCGUUACUUCUGGCGACGCGAAUGCGUUCCUUAAGCAGGUUCUUCCCUGGAUGGACGCUCAGCCCUGGAUUGAGCGUUACGCUUACCAUAUGGUUGCGCCUUCCACUGGUACUUCCACUGACAAGAAGUACCUCAUCAGCGCAGAUGGAAACAGCCUGUCGGAUAUUGGCACGACCUUUGCCAAUGCGUAGACGUUUGUUGUCUUGAGAGACGCUUCAUGAGUUAUGACUUCUUUUUCUUCUCCUUCUUGAUACCACGUUACCUUCUUGUCUAUAGACUUGUCCGAGACUUCGAUACAUACCUAUCAUCAUUCAACCAUUCAUCAUACACCAUCGUUGCCUGUGAUUUGUCUCAUCGCGUGAAACUCAAAGCGAAAUUACUGUCUUAGUACGAUAACUAUUUGAGUGACGUUUCAUCCAUCAUCUCGCUUAGUCACUGGCAAAAAUUCUGACCUCUAC